UGCCCCAUCAUUGGUGUCAGGGAAAGGAAUAGUGCCCCAUCAUUGGUGUCAGUGGGAAGAAAAGUUCCAUACCAUAGGUGUCAGUGUGGGAGGAGAAUAGUGCCCCAUCAUUGGUGUCAGUGGGAGGAAUAGUGCUCCAUCAUUGGUGUCAUUGGUAGGAAUUGUGCCCUAU